GGCAUGAAUGAAUGGUCACAGAUGAAAGAUGUGAGAUGGAUCGGCAUGAUCCCCUGUCUCACAUAUUCACGCUGAUUGAGGCUUGACGGACCCACAAUCUGUACACAUCCACCUCACUCUAUCUCCAUCUCUCUCGUCUCAUCGCCCAACUCGCUGUAAGAAAGAUCAUCGUCAUCGCACCAACAGCGGUCGUUCGGAUCGAUAUAAAUACUGCGCCUCUUAUCGCUCACCCCACUCGUAACCUCAACCUCCCUCUUGCCUGCAUCUCACCCGGUCCUCGUCCCAGUCGUAGGCCCUGCCUCUGCUCCGGUUGUGCAAACGACGCCAUGUCUGGUCUCAAGAACGUCGUCAUCAUCGGCGCUGCCUCCGGCGGCGCCACCGUCGCCCGGGCACUCGCCAAAUCCCUCCCAGAAACGCAUCGUAUCGUGCUUAUCGACGCCAACGAGGCUGCCUUCUGGCAGGUCGCCGGAUUGCGCGCCUCCGUCCAGCCCGGCUUUGAGGACAAGCUGUUUGCCGAUCUCGCCACGUUUUGGAAGCCCGGUUCGCGGCACAUCGUCAAGCCCAAGACUAAAGUCACCGAACUCGGUGAGGACUUUGUCGUUACGGACGCAGGCGAGAAGAUCAGCUUUGAUUACGCUGUCCUCGCCAUGGGCGCAAAGUACCAGACACCCGGUCGCCAGGCAUCCCACAGCAAGGCCGAGUCGAUCGCGUCGCUGAAGCAGAUGCAGGCGCAGAUCGCCGCAGCUAGGCACAUCCUCGUCGUUGGCGGCGGACCUGUCGGUGUCGAGUUCAUCGGCGAAGUGAUUUCACAGUACAGUGGGAAGGAUAAGAAAAAGAUCACGCUCGUGCACAACGGCAAGCAGCUGAUCGGCAGCAAGUACUCGGCGUCGUUGCACUCGAAACUGUCGGCGCAGCUGCAGAAAGCUGGCGUGCACGUCCUGCUCGAAGAGUCCAUCCCGUCCGAGCAGCUGCCGUCGUCGACCGGUUCGCUGGAGGCGGCGCGUACGUUCACCACCGCCAAAGGCACGUCAGUCGGCGAUGUGGACUUUGCGCUGCUCUCGUUCAGCGGUAAGCCCAACUCGCAGCUCGUGAGCGCGUUCGACGCGUCGGCCGUCGACCCUGCAACGCAAUGGGUGCGCGUCGACGAGCAGAGCCUCCACGUGCUCUCCGACGACGCAGGAAAGAUGCAGCGCUACUUUGCCCUCGGCGACGUCUCGGACGCGCCAGGGGGUAAGCUCGUAGCUCAAAUCAACAACCAGGGCCCCGUCAUCGCCGCUAACAUCGCUGCACUCGUCCGCUCCUCUUCGUCAAAGGCAGCAACGGCGGGUAUCAAGCUGAAUGCAUACAAGCCCUUGCCCACGUUCAUCGCCGUGCCACUUGGCCCCGCCGGCGGCGCAAUACAGACGCCGAUUGCGACACUUGGCGAGUGGACGGUCAGCUUGAUCAAGGGCAAGGGGCUCUUCUUAUCCAACUUCCAGAGCCUCUACAAGUCGCAGUAGGCCAAAGAAGUGCCUGUCAGGUGUGUGCUGCUUGCUUUGCUACGCUACGCUACAUGCCGCCGUUGCUUUAAGAUCGGCCAAUGAACGUAUGGACGUGAAGUUGUGAUGUAUGCACUGCGCUUCUCCAGUUGCGAAAUAUACCUC